GCUGCGUCCGUGCUUGCUGCUGAUUGAAGUUGAAAGACCAAACCUGGAGUGCACUCAUGUUUACAUUCUCCUAAAGUUAUAUAUAGGACGAAGCUUUCUUUUAAAUUCCGAGGAAUGUCCCGGUGCUGGUGCAGGCAGGUCCUGCUUGGCGUGGAAGUGGGUAUUGUUGUGGUGGUGUUGGUGGUCGGCACUGCGGGACAGAGCUACGAUGGGAGAGAAGCCGGGUCGUCCUGCUAUGGAGGAUUUGACCUGUACUUUGUUUUAGACAAAUCUGGCAGUGUGCAACAUUACUGGAAUGAAAUUUAUUACUUUGUAGACCACCUGGCUUACAAGUUUAUCAGUCCUCAGCUACGGAUGUCUUUUAUCGUAUUUUCAACAGAAGGGCGAAUUCUCAUGGCACUAACCGAAGACAGAGAGCAAAUACGAGCGGGAUUGGAGAAGCUCAGCAUGGUCCAGCCAGGUGGAGACACCUACAUGCACCUUGGUUUGUCAAAGGCCAGUGAGCAAAUUUACUACGGCACAGGGGAUGGCUACCGGACAGCCAGCGUCAUAAUUGCUUUGACUGAUGGCGAAUUAAGGGAAAAUCAGUUUGAUCUGGCUCAAAGAGAGGCCAGCAGAGCGCGCCAGUUGGGUGCCACCGUUUACUGUGUGGGAGUGAAAGACUUCAAUGAAACCCAGCUGUCAACCAUUGCGGACAGUAAGGACCACGUCUUCCCUGUGACCGACGGUUUUCACAGGCUGCAUGUGGUCAUUGACUCGAUUCUAAAGAGGUCGUGCAUCGAGAUUCUGGCUGUUGAGCCUUCUAGCAUCUGUGCAGGAGAAUCUUUCCAGGUGGUAAUUAAAGGAAAUGGCUUCUUUCACGCCCGCGACGUUCAGAAAGUCCUCUGCAGCUUCCGCAUCAACGACACAGUGACUUUUAUGAAAAAACCUUUGGUGGUGAGAGACACCUACCUGUUGUGCCCAGCUCCUGUUUUGGAAAAAGAAGGAAUGGCCGCCACGCUCCACGUCAGCAUGAACAACGGCCUGAGUUUCAUAUCCAGCUUCGUCACAAUUACCGCCGUCACUUGUUUUGACGGCACCUUUGUGGCCAUCGCUCUCCUCAUCCUGCUGAUCCUGCUCAUCCUUCUUCUGUUGUGGUGGUUCUGGCCUCUCUGCUGCACUGUGGUCAUUCAUGACCCACCUCCACCACCAACAGAAGAGGACUUCUCUGACGACGAGGACAAUUUUCACAAGAAGCGAUGGCCCACCGUGGACGCCUCGUACUAUGGAGGCAGAGGAGUUGGAGGCAUCAAAAGGAUGGAGGUCCGUUGGGGUGAUAAGGGCUCCACCGAGGAGGGAGGAAAGCUGGAAAAAGCCAAGAACGCUCGGGUUGUGAUGCCCGAAGAGGAACCCGAGCCUCCUCCGUCGCAGCCGCGUUACCAUGUGAAAAAACAUGUCCAUCCUCAGAAGUGGUACUCCCCCAUCAAGGGCAAACUAGAUGCUCUGUGGGUUUUCCUGAGACGAGGCUAUGACAGAGUGUCCGUCAUGCGACCUCAUCCUGGAGACAAGGGCAAGUGCAUCAACUUCACACGGAGCAAGGCCUGUCAGGCUCCUCGCUACCCCAUCUGCAAGCAUCCCUCCACGCACAUCUACACGCUGCCGUACAGCCCCCAGCGUCGGCACUCGGCCGACGUCUCGGACUUGCCCCCCUCGCCCACCGCCACGCUGCCCCCGCUUCCCCACUCGCCUCCGCCGCCCUUCUACACUCCCCCGCCCUGCAGAACUCUGCCCUCCGCCUCUGCGCCACCUUCGCCCCCCGUCUCCCUGCCGCCGCCGCCCUGUAGGGCCCCGCCUCCGUCCCGCCCGCCGCCACGCCCCAGCCACGAGGACUACUGACGCAUCCCGAGUCCGAUGGAAACCUGAGUGUG